UCUAUGGAGGAUGUUUUGAGUGCUGUGUCUCCUCAUUAGAAAGUCUCUGCUUGUGUCAACUUGUUUAGAUACUUGCGCAACUCUACUUCCGGGCAACUUUCUGAGAUCAUCUAGCAAUGAGUCACAUGACCAUAAGAGCUUCUGAAAUUUUCAACAAAGAUGGCAGUGUUUCACGGACAGUGGAGCGAAGAAAAAGUGAAGCGGCUUAUAUCUUUUUACAGCGGACACGAGUACUUGUGGAACCCAAGGGCUGAACUGUACAAAAAUCGAGACAUCAAGAAAAAAGCCCUGCAAGAGCUCUGUCAACAGCUCACUGAUGAGCUGACUGUGAUAAAUGAGGAAGAUGUGAAGAAAAAGUUCAAAAAUCUGAGGACUGUCUUCACACGGGAGCACAGCAUGGUGCUUAAGAGCAACAAGUUUGGGACAGCAGCUGACGAAGUCUAUGUCCCGAAGUGGAGAUAUUAUCAGGUCUUGUCCUUUCUCUGUGAUGCCUGCAACUUUGAUGAAAGUUCAGAUAUUUUAGAUUCAUCUAUGUCACCAGAGUUGGUUGUUCCAACAACCUCCCAGACCCCAGAGAACAUGGCACCGCUUCAUCCGACUUCAUCUUGCCCCCAUGACCACAUGUCUGACUCAAAAAAACAAAAAAUAGAAAAAAGACAAAAAAUAGACAAUGCUUCCGAGGCCAUGGACUUUGUCCUUGGUGUCCUCAAAAGAAAGGCCUCCUCACCACAUGCAGGGUUUUUGCAUUACGUAGAAAAUAUUUUGGAUGACCUGCCAGAGAGCAAAGCAAGAAAGCUGAAAAGGCAAAUAAUUGAAUUGGCUCACACUGCAUUGGAUGAAGAGUAAUUUGACUGUGUGUUACUGUGUACAUUGGCUUAAAUUCAGUACUCGGGGGUUGUCUGACAUGUUGUCAGUUGAUGCAUGGUGGUGUAAAAAUCAUGGUAUGAGGAUGUUUUUCAUUAUACGGUGUGGGACCUGUUUAUCAUAUCAUUUUUAUUGGCUGCAUGGAACCACGCUCAACGACUCCAAGCACACAAGUAAGCGAGAAUGGUUCAUGGUUCCAGACAUAAAAGAUUGAGGUAAUGGAAUGGCCGGCUCAAUCUACUGACCUCAGCUUCAUUGAAAACGUGAGGUGACAUUAAAAAUGCAGUUUCUGAAGCGAAACCCAACAAUUCACUGAAUGUGGUGUGUUCAUUCUGGGCAGAACCUGUUCAUAGAUGCCAGAACUUGGUUGACUCGAUGCAAUGCAGAUGUGCAGCAGUUAUCCAAAAUAAUGCUUCUACAUAUUAGUAUUAGUUCAAUGAUUUCAAGUGAUUAAAUGUGCAGUCUGUUAAAACAAAACAAUGCAGACUUAAUAAACAUUUGUCAAUAAUUUGAUCUGGAGUUGAAUGUGUAAUGUUUCUAUUACAUUUGAAAUAUGGAAAUAAAAACUAUUGAAACAUA